GGGCUCAACACCAAACGGAAAAUCAUUCUAUCGCUCCCACGAUAAUUUGUUCAUCUAUCCCACCUCGAAUCUCCCCUUCUCUGCCCACCGUGUGCCGUGUGCUUCAACGCUAUACACUGUUUCUUAGCUUCCAUCCCGAUCGAUCCUCUCCGCUGGUGCCUUCGGUGUGCUCAUAGACAUUUUUAUAGUCCAAUUGUCACCUAACCGUUAUCCACCGCGUUGCCCAUAUUCACACUCGUAAUCAGGCAGGAUGUCACGUAAGUGCUUCUAUUGAUUAUAGCCCGUACCUAUGCCGCGUCGCAUCCCCUCCCUCCCUAUCUACUGCCUACAGAGUGCCUUAUUUCUUCACUUCGCUCAUCUCCUUGGUUUUUGAUUGAAGCAUCGCUAACUCGACAACUCCUCUCGCCACUGUGUUUUCUCCUUCAAAUCUGAAGGCCAGACUAUCCCCAAUCCAAGCGAUAAACAUUCCGGGUCUAAACCCGGAAUAGUCUAUUCUGAAAUGGGCGAAUUCGAUAUCCUUGGUCAUUACUCUCGUCUCCUCGAGGAAGAUCCUUCCAAAAGCAUGCCUAUAGCGGCAAUCGAGUCUCUCUGUGCUCUCUGUGACGGCAUUGAAGCCAAUACUAUUCACGAGCUCUUAUCAACCAUCCAGAUCGGCUCCGACACUCUGAAGGAGGCAGUGCCAAACGCGAUCUCCCUAACAGCUGGGUGCGAUCUAUUCACAAAGUUUAUUACACGCCAUUCCCAUGACGACCCUCGCGAUUUUGACACCUUCAAGAGGAAGCUUCAGUCGAAUGGUCAUUUGUUUGCCCAGCGUGCUCGCAAGGCUCGAUCCAUAGUCGCUGAGAAUGGUCUCAAGAUGGUCAUGAAUAACCCCGUCAUAUUUGUCCAUGGAUACAGUCGGUGUGUCAUGGCUGUUCUUCUCAACGCCAGGGAAGAGGGCAGGCAGUUUAAAGUUAUCUGUACCGAGACACGUCCCAGUUGCCAGGGCCUGCGAACUGCGAAGGAGCUCAGGGCCGCUGGGAUCUCGGUUGCUGUGAUCGACGACAAUGCAGUUACAUAUGCCAUGAACAAAGCUACCUUUGCCCUUGUCGGUGCUGAAGGGACUCUCACGGAUGCGAGUAUUAUCAAUGUGGUAUGCACCGAUCUCCAAUCUAGCUAUGCUUACACUGGGGACAGAUUGGGUUCUAAUGAAUUUUCUUUUUUUUUCGUUUACCCUAGAUGGGAACUCAAAAUGUCGCCCUCGCAGCAAGGAACAUUGACCGCCCGUUCUACGUCGCUACGGAAACCCACAAAUUUGUGGACAUGUUCCCUGUGGAUCAGUACAUGAUACCCGUCAAGCAAAAUGUGAUUGUUUUUGACCCCGAGGGAGUUGAAGGCGCCAUGUCACAGGAGGGGUUGGCUUUUGUCGACUAUGUUGAUCCGAAAUACAUUACCAGUUUCGUCACCGAGAUAGGGUUAAUGUCUCCCACUAUGGUUGGGGAUAAGAUUAUCACUACUAGAUUGGAAGGAUAGUGAGAGGCUUCUAUUGAAUGUUUGUACAACAACUCGAACUGUUCAUUUGGCACCUCUCUUCAAUGAUUUUUUUUUUUUGGUGGGGGGGGGGCAGGCUAAGGGCCUUCUGGUAUCUUACUUCCCUCCCUGCCAGGUAUAUUUUCAACCCAAGGGAUCAUGAAUAACUCACGUCUAGUCUAAAUAGUCUUUUGUAUUUUCUUUCUAUGGGUGGUUUGCUUUUACCUAGAGGUGUAAGAUGAAGUGGUACAGCGCACAGCUGAUACGGUUGUGGUUUAUGUUUUAUUUUUUGUAUUUUUCUUUUCUUUUUCUCUCUCUUUCUUUCCGGUAGGUUAUCCUACACCUUUUUAUUCUUUCCACUAUUGGUACAAGUCAAGGUAUAAGGUAGACGUCUUGGCUUGUCCAAUCACUCUUGCUCUCUUGUAUGAUACCAACACUUAAAUUUCCAAUUUCUCAUUGAGUUCUUGGAUUGUGGAUUG